AUGCGAUCCAGCUAUUGGCUGCUAUUUAUUGGGCUUUCUAUUCAUUUCUUAAGCAAAACUAUUGGAAAUAUCCCUAUUUUUUGCUAGAAAACCUACCCUCUUAAGCAAAAAUAUAAUUUAAUAAAUUUUUAAUAAAAUUAAUAUUUACUUUAAAAUUUUUUUCGUUAUUUUCAAAAUUUUUUGUUGUCUCAUGGAGAGGGGAGUAAGCAAUUUUCUCAAGAGGCUAUUCAGUUUAUGACGAAACAAUACCAACUUUAAGAGACUGUCCUGCUUUAGAUGCAAACAAACAUAUUGAGAUUAUGAGGGCUAGUAUUUACUAUAAAAGUAGGCAAAAAACAGAUAUAUUCAUGAAAUUGGUUUUUGAUUCUAGCUCCCCUCUUCUUAAGAAACAAAACCAUUGGAAAAUCCCUAAUUUUUACCCAAAAACCUCCGCGAGCGAACAAAAAAUUUUUUGAUAUAUAAGCGAUAAUUAUAAUGAAAUCUUUACCUAAUUCUGACUAAUUUUAAACAGCUUGCAUUUUAAAUCAUAAAUUUCGAAAAUUAAAUAAAUAUUUAUUUCAAAUUUUUUGAGAAUUGGGAUUUUUUUUAAAUUUCGAAAAUAACAUUUAUAUAAAUUUUUUUAAAACAAAAAUUAAACCCCUCCUUGAGCCAAAAAAUUUUUUUUAUUCCCUUACGGAGAGGGUGUAAUUAUAUUUAUACACUCCUUACACCCUAUAUAAUCCCUGAAGAAAUAAAAAAACUCAAGAACAGCCCAGACGAGAUCCGAGUAUUUUACCCUUCUGCUAUAUGACUUGAAGAAAGAAAUGUUUUUCUUGCCGUUGUUCAAGUAAAUCUUUGAGACACUUAUAGUUUCCUCUACUCUACUUUUUUUGAUUCAGAAUGAAAUGAAAUUCGCGACGAAGAUUACAUUGGCAAUACCAAGGUUCCUGGAAUCAUGGAAAUCGAAAAAAUAUGGUUGCUGUAUUUGUCAGGGCCCGAAGAUCCCAGGAUCUUCCGAGGUCCUAAAGGAGAGCUGUAUUUUAUCUUUAAUAAGCUGACAAAAGAUUUUAAAAGGACAAUAAAUAUUUAUAGCUAUUCUACUGGGACUUCAAGGCAGCUCGUCUUAGAGGAACAUCUAUGCAGCCAACAUAUCCUGGAGAAAGAUUGGACCCCUUUAAUUGUAGAUGAUGAGCAUAUGUAUUUCAUCUAUAACUAUAAAAAUUUGCAAAUUAUUGACUGCACUGAGGAAAACGAAACAUGCAAAAAGGUUAAGGGGAUAUAUGAUCCUGUUCUCAACUCUAUAAGGGGAGGUUCUCCAUACGCAAGGUAUGCUGACACAAACUAUUUUAUCUCCUUUAUAUACACUAAUGUAAGUCAAGACGCUCCUGAAAUCAAAAUGAAGCCUUACAGGCCAGCGUUAUCCAUAAUAGAGUACAUUGAAGGAGUCAGGCCAGACUUCAAGCUAAUUUAUGCAAGUGAGCCCAUUGAUUUUGGAAAUAGAGUGUUUUUGUCUCCAGUGUCACAAUAUAAAUCUAUAAAGCAAACUUUUGAUAGCGCUAUGUCAAGGAUUCUGAUGGUUCACUCUAUAUCAAGAUGAAAUUACAAAGAAGAUAUUGUGGAUUUAACUCUCACAGUUAAUGAGUCUUUUGCUAUCGCUAUUAGGGUAAAAGGCAUAACUGACCUUGUUCAAUUCAUAAUCAAUAUGUAUGAAUAUGGGAGAAUUGAAGAAAAAGAAGACUGUGCGAUACUCCUGGCCUUCAAUUAUCACAGGCAAUUAUGGCCAAGGCAUCUUUUCAACACUAUUAAAUUCAGCUAA